UGGUUUUGUUUACCAAGUUCUGAAUAGCUGUCACCUAUAAUCCUUUAAUUGUCUGGACCUUGUAUCUGAGAUGAUUGUCUUAAGGCCCCCAUACACUACCGAGGAACGAAUCGCGCUUCAAGUCACCUCAAGCUUGGCUCGAACUCGAAGGAGGCCACACUAAAGAGCCUUGUUUCAGUUACGGUAAGCGCUUUUUCCGCACAGUGUAGAUGUCAUCCUCAGACCUAGACACAGACGAUUUUUUAAGCAUUGCUGUUGCUCUCGAAGAGAAAAAACGUAAAAAGCGAUCAAAGUGGAGCAAAUCGUGGCUUUUAAAGAGAAAUGAUUUCUCGCAUACCAAUUUGCUAGAAGAACUUAGAUUGAAAGAGCCCCAAGAUUGGUUCAACUAUCUGAGGAUGGACGAAGAUACGUUCCUAGAGCUUCUUUCCAUGGUAACUCCUAUUUUUGAGAAGAAAGAUACGAAACUUCGAGAAGCAAUUUCUCCCCAUCAGCGUCUAGCAGCCACAUUACGCUUUUUAGCAACUGGGAAAUCCUAUGAAGAUCUAAAAUUCUCAACGUGUAUUUCUCCACAAGCAUUGGGACACAUUAUUCCUGAAACCUGUGAUGCGAUAUACAGACUGCUCAAACCCCAUUACUUAAAGUUUCCUUCGAGUGUCGCAGAAUGGAAAGCAAUCGCACAACAAUUUGAAAACAAAUGGCAAUUUCCUAAUUGUUGCGGGGCGCUUGACGGCAAGCACAUAAGAAUAACUCCUCCCCAUGAUUCCGGGUCUUAUUACUGGAACUACAAAGGAUUCAAUAGUGUUGUGCUGUUGGCCCUUGCAAAUGCCAACUAUGAGUUUAUUAUGUGUGAUGUUGGCACUAAUGGGCGAAUAUCAGAUGGAGGUGUGCUUGAGAACACAAAAUUCGGAGACCUAUUAAGCAAAGGGAAACUGAAUUUGCCAGAGCCAGCUAAACCAGAAAAUAGUAGCAGAAUUUUGCCAUAUGUAUUCAUCGGAGAUGAGGCUUUCGCGUUAAGGAAGCAUUUUUUAAAGCUUAUUAUUCCUCUAAAGACCUCACAAAGGAGCGCAGAAUAUUUAACUAUAGGCUCUCUAGAGGAAGAAGAAUAA